ACAGCUGAUCGUUUAUAAAAAUAAGCUGUAUUUAUUGCUCAAAAUUAUAAAAUAAAUAACGAUUCGCCAAAAAAAUCUGCACUUAUGGUUUUAACGAAGCAAAUUUUACUUCCUUUUUACAGAAUUUUACCAUCAGUUUCAGGUAAUGUCAGGAGCAUGGCUACGAAGCCUGGAGUUGUUGAAAGUGCAAUUAGGAACAAACUUGAAACAGAACUGAACACCAAAUAUUUAGACAUUAUCAAUGAGUCUUACAUGCACAAUGUUCCGAAGGGCUCUGAGACACAUUUCAAAGUUGUUGUUGUGUCUGAUAAGUUCGAGGGACUUCCACUAAUUAAGAGACACCGUCUAGUAAAUGAUGUUUUAAAAGAGGAGCUCAAAACCACAGUACAUGCACUAUCGAUCAUAGCCAAAACUCCUGAGCAGUGGUUUGCUAGCGACAAGGUUGUAGAAAGUAGUCCAGCAUGCAGAGGUGGCUUUGGGAAAUAGGUAGUUUAAAUCAUGUUAUUUAGUUUAUGUAGUAUUAUGAGAGAUGAAAAUCGUGCUCAGAUGUUUGGUAACACAUAUUUCCGACCUACAAUGAGUAUUCAGUAGCCAACAGCCUUUAGGGCCACCGACAUAAGCCGGCAUGUCGUUAGGUUUGAUGUGUCUUGCGCUAGUGGAAUUAGGUGUAGCUGCUCUAUUACGGUUAGUAUAAUAUUAUACCAUUACUAUUAAAUAAAAUUCCAACAUUAAAUUAUAUUAAAACCUUU